AUGGAAGGACCCCACUAUAAGAACGGCCACCAGCCCCUGUCAGGUUGGCUACGGGAUCACCACCGGGCCACCAUCAAGGUCAUCAGGCGCAUGCAGUACUUUGUAGCCAAGAAGAAAUUCCAGCAAGCACGGAAGCCCUAUGAUGUGCGAGAUGUCAUUGAGCAGUACUCCCAGGGCCACCUCAACCUUAUGGUGCGCAUUAAAGAACUACAGAGAAGGCUGGAUCAGUCCAUCGGGAAGCCAUCUUUGUUCAUCCCCAUCUCAGAAAAGAGCAAAGACCGUGGCAGCAACACCAUCGGUGCCCGUCUGAACAGGGUGGAAGACAAGGUGACACAACUGGACCAGAGACUGGUGAUCAUCACAGACAUGCUCCACCAACUGCUGUCCCUGCAACAAGGUGGUCCAACCUGCAACAACAGGUCACAAGUCGUAGCCAGUGAUGAAGGUGGCUCCAUCAACCCUGAGCUCUUCCUGCCCAGCAACAGCCUGCCCACCUAUGAACAGCUGACUGUACCCCAGACAGGCCCUGAUGAAGGCUCCUGAAGGAGCUCAGAAGGGAGGUUCAGGGUAACCUUCCACAGGUCUGCCCCACCUCCCUCUCAACAGGGGCACCUGCCUGGUUCUCACCCUCUUGAAGGCCUGAUAUGACAGCCUAGCUCCCUAAAGCCCCAAAACCCAUGGGUCAAGCCACUGGCCUGAAUCUGGAGCUCACCAAGACCCCUCUGCCCAGUCAGAACUAGAACUUGGCUGGGCAUGGGGUUCCUCUCAGGCCCCUAUCAAGAUGGUGAUGUUGUUCUCCUGAUGGCUGGGGACAUAGGGAAGGGGAGUGUCUGACCAGGAUGCAACUCAGGCAGAAGGAAGCCCAUCCAGGUGAUGCCAAAUGGCUUCCUAAAGGGAAACAGGAAGAAUCUGAAAGAGUCUGGGGUUUCCACCCUCAGCUCUGAAUCCAGAGCCCAGCAGGGAGCAGGCAAGGCAAGACAGGCCCAGCCCACACUAACUACAAGCUGUAGCCCAGUGGGGGCUCAACAGGCCAAAGCCUGACUCCUUCACUCUCUGGUGAUGUUGACCACUUCAGAAUACCAGAGGGAUUUCCAGCUUCCCCCAAAGGAUCUCCCAAGCAGGGGACCAUUCACUGUCCACCCUAACCAGGUAUGGACUGACAACUUCUCCCCUAAAGUGAAGAGCAGGGCCCUCAAGCCCUGUGAUAAGGCCUUCAUGCAGCCUGCCUCCUCCUUGCUGGUCAGAGGUGCCGGACUCCAGUCUCUUCACGCCACAUCCCUCAGCCAGCAGCUGACCACAGCCAGGUUAAGGGCAUCGCAGUUUCUCCCAGGAUCGGUUCCUUGGGCAUCACACCUCACAGAAAUCAAGAUAAUUUCUGGUGAUUCAGAUCUGUGUUUUAAUGAAUUUCAUAGUAUGAUCUUGAUUGAGAGGCUUUUGCAAAUAAAGCUGGGACAUGCCAGGUUGA